AUUUCAUCCAAAAAUUAUUGUAUUCUAUGAUUGUAUCCGUUGAAGGCUUCCAUCUCUUGCGAAAUUUUCUGUUGCUUUAUCCAUAGCAGUAGAGAACGUCAAUUCAACUUCCUGAAGAAUUCGUACGGCGUAAUCUGCGAUAAAUAAGGAAAAAGGAAAAAAUGGGGGUCUCAAGGGUCUUUGCAAGGUCUCUGGGACGCUGCUUCUGUGAUAAUUCCAGACCCUAUCUCACUCCCAGUCAGUCAUUCCUGAGCUUCAUAACUGUAUCUCAGCAAAUUGUUCCAUGCAAUUCCGAUCGAUGGCAGUUUCAGUAUCAGAAUCGAAGGACUUUCAUUUUGGAGUCUUCUGGUUCUGAAUUUGUUAAGCUUCAACGACUCGGUGACCUGGAUUCCGGGAUUUUUGAAGUUAGCUUGGACAGGCCUGGAGCUAAAAAUGCUAUAGGGAAAGAUAUGCUGCGAGACCUGAGGCAUGCAUUAGAAUUCAUUGAUCGAGAGCCAUCUGCGAAGGUCGCUAUGAUCCGCAGCUCAGUUCCCGGGGUAUUUUGUGCUGGGGCCGAUUUAAAGGAACGCCGGACAAUGAAUCUAUCAGCGACCAAGGAUUUUGUGAAUUCUCUUCGCUCUUCAUUCUCUUUUCUAGAGGCACUUUGUGUACCAACUAUUGCCAUUAUUGAAGGAGUGGCAUUUGGUGGUGGACUUGAAAUGGCUCUAGCUUGUGAUAUUCGAAUAUGUGGAGAAGAUGCUCUCAUGAGUUUGCCAGAGACAGGACUUGCUAUAAUCCCAGGGGCAGGCGGGACACAACGACUCCCUAGAUUGGUUGGGAAGGCAACAGCUAAGGAUAUUAUAUUCACUGGUCGAAAGAUUAAUAGCAAAGAUGCACUGUCUAUGGGCUUAGUUGAUUACUGUGUUCCUGCUGGCGAAGCUCAUUCAAAGGCACUUGCAGUUGCUCAGGAUAUCUGUCAGAAGGGUCCUAUUGCAAUUAGGAUGGCUAAAAGAGCCAUUAAUGAGGGAAUAGAAACUGAUCUGACAACAGGUUUGGCUUUAGAAGAAGGAUGCUAUGAUGAGGUGCUGAAUACCAAAGAUCGUUUGGAAGGUUUGGCUGCAUUUGCUGAGAAGCGGAAACCAAAGUAUACUGGUGAGUAAAAGGAUCCAUUAUUCCACUGCCACUUCUGGCCUGCAUAUUGGAAUGAACAGGACGUAAACCUUGGUGAUCAUGAGUAGUUUGAGAUACUCAGUGAGUGAGUGUGAAUGACGUGAGAGCAUGCAGCUUUUUUGUUCUCUCUGUAUGUCUCUAUGGUUAGGGUGUUUAGAGGAAAGUAAUUUACCAAAUAAAAGCGGUGUUCUGGGGCUGGUUAGAGGAAAGCUUCAAGCAUGAUUGUAAGGCUGGUUGUGUGAAACAUGAGAUAAAUGAAAAUAAUACAAGAGAAACGGGUUUAUGUUAUUUGAAAUGGAAAUUGAUUGAUACAUGGCAUGAGAAA